AUGGGUCUCCGGGGCCCCCCGGGACCCUCUGGACUACCCGGCCUCCCUGGCCCCCCGGGACCUCCAGGACCCCCCGGUCACCCGGGGGUCCUCCCUGAAGGCGCCACCGACCUUCAGUGCCCAGCCAUCUGCCCUCCCGGCCCCCCCGGCCCCCCAGGAAUGCCGGGGUUCAAGGGACCCACCGGCUACAAAGGCGAGCAAGGAGAGGUCGGCAAGGACGGCGAGAAGGGCGAUCCUGGCCCCCCUGGGCCUGCUGGCAUCCCAGGCACUGUGGGGCAGCAGGGACCUCGGGGACUUCGGGGCCUGCCAGGGCCAGCCGGACCCCCAGGGGAUCGGGGUCCCAUUGGAUUCCGAGGGCCGCCAGGGAUCCCAGGAGCCCCGGGGAGAGUGGGUGACAGAGGCGAGAGGGGCCCUGAGGGUUUCCGUGGCCCCAAGGGUGACCUUGGCAGGCCUGGUCCCAAAGGCGUCCCUGGGGUAGCAGGCCCGGGUGGAGAGCCGGGUGUGCCAGGCAAGGACGGCCGCGACGGUGUGCCGGGACUCGACGGUGAGAAGGGAGAGUCUGGUCGCAAUGGUGCCCCAGGAGAGAAGGGUCCCAACGGGCUGCCGGGCCUCCCGGGACGAGCAGGGUCCAAGGGCGAGAAGGGAGAACUGGGCCGAGCUGGCGAGCUGGGAGAGGCCGGCCCCUCAGGAGAGCCCGGGGUCCCGGGAGACGUUGGCGUGCCUGGGGAGCGUGGGGAAGCUGGCCACAGGGGCUCAGCGGGGGCUCUGGGCCCACAAGGCCCUCCUGGAGCCCCUGGUAUCCGAGGCUUCCAGGGCCAGAAGGGCAGCAUGGGAGACCCUGGCCUGCCGGGCCCCCAGGGCCUUCGAGGUGGCACCGGUGACCGGGGCCCAGGAGGAGCCGCCGGCCCUAAGGGAGACCAGGGCGUCGCAGGUUCCGAUGGCUUUCCUGGGGACAAAGGAGAGCUGGGUCCCGGUGGUGCGGUCGGACCCAAAGGAGAGUCCGGCAGUCGAGGGGAGCUGGGCCCAAAGGGCAUCCAGGGUCCCAACGGCACCAGUGGCGUCGAGGGCCUCCCAGGCCCGCCCGGCCCCGUGGGCUUCCCAGGAGUACAAGGCCUGCCUGGCAUCACCGGGAAGCCCGGAGUCCCGGGGCGAGAAGCCAGCGAACAGCACAUCCGGGAGCUGUGCGGAGGGAUGCUCGGUGAACAAAUCGCACAGUUAGCCGCCCACCUGAGGAAGCCUUUAGCACCCGGAUCUGCAGGCCGGCCUGGUCCAGCGGGGCCCCCAGGUCCCCCAGGACCCCCGGGCUCCAUCGGCCACCCUGGUGCCCGAGGGCCCCCUGGAUACCGUGGUCCCACCGGAGAGCUGGGAGACCCGGGGCCCAGAGGGGCUCCGGGAGACAGAGGAGACAAAGGCGCGGCGGGCGCGGGACUGGACGGGCCGGCUGGGGACCAGGGGCUGCGAGGACCGCAGGGUGUGCCUGGCGUCAGCAAAGACGGCCGAGACGGGGCCCACGGCGAGCCCGGGCCUCCAGGUGAUCCUGGCCUCCCCGGUGCUGUCGGUGCUCAGGGAACCCCUGGCAUCUGUGACACCUCAGCCUGCCAAGGAGCCGUGAUGGGAGGCGGCGGGGAGAAGUCAGGUUCUAGAAGUUCCUAAAACAAAACCAGAGGAAGCGAGAAGCCAGUGCCGACGCCAGCGGGGAGCCCCGGAAGGACGCGAGGAGCCGCAGCGCUCUGGGGGCGGGGGGCGGCGACACAUGUCAUCCAGACGGCCCUCACGGCCCUCCUGGCCUCCCCUCGUGUCCUCAACGGCAGCGACAGGACACUUAGUCCCUGAGAGUGUCCUUCGUCGACCCGUUGUCCGGAGCCGUCCCUAGCGCAUUUACAACGGCCCGUCAGCGGUCACCGCGCACCUCAGACACAGGCCCAGGUGCGCCAGCUGGACCCCAGCCCUGAGAGGGGGACGGGGCACAUGCACGCGGAGGCCUGGAACGGCCGCCUGUCCGCACCACACUCGUGUGAGGACUGAGAGCGAAUCCCAGUAAGAAGGCAGACGGACCCAAGCGACCCCAGUCUAACAAAUAAAGGGUUUCAUGUACGGCACCCCCUCCACAUGGUCUGGUCUGAUUUACCUGCUUCUUUCGUGUGCAA